GUUAUAUUAGGCACACCGACUAUACCCACAACACAACAUAACAAGUAAGCGUCAUGCUCAUAAUUUAAACACAAAACGCAUCCGAUAUAUUUACAGUGACGUUAGGCCUAUAUAUGAUUUGAUUAGAGAUAAGGUUUGAUGGCUUGAUGGGUUCUUAGUUUAAAAUAUUUUGGUGAGAAAACUAAGCAUGAGUGAUGAUAACUUGUUUUAUGUAUAACCGGUGCGAGGUGCCACGCGUAUUUCUUCCAGCCUAUUUGCAAUAGUGAAAACUAGAACAAGUUAACGUUUGUCGUCCGCCUUAACUCCGGCUUUUCGUACUAUUAUUACACAGUGUUAUAGGUCCGCGUUGGCAUGUAUAGUAAAACGCUAUUUCGGGUCUGAAUACAUUGCAGAUUAACACAAAUAUUACGCUUUUUGUACUUUUCUUUUUGCCUUUCUCUUAUCGGCGAAUGGAAUUGGCUGGGAGUGUAGAAGCUGUGUUGUUUGGCUCCCCCCGAGUUGAAGCCGUCCUUGUGCAUACUCUGCAUGUCACAGGAUUUGGUCUCUCCUCUCUUUCUGUAGCUGUUGUAGGACUGGCUAUGUCCACCACUACUUCCGGGUUCCGUCAUUUCAGUCUCCCGCCGAUCAGCGCAGCAAACUGACUCUGUUCUAUAAGCAAGCUAGCAGCCAACCUGCCAACACUCGCUGACACUCACUCAUCUCGGACCGCGAGAUAUACUAAAUACCUACGGGGGAAAGGAAAGAUCUGAAUUGCAAUCUCUUAAUUUCUUUUUCUUUUUACAGUAAUAAUAAAACAAAUAGCGAUCCGGAGGCACAAAGUGGACGCGGACUUGCUGGAUGAAAACGGGCUAAAAAGAUUCACCCUCUCUUGAACAUCAUCACCAAACAUCAUUCAUUCAUUACCUUGACAACCCCUGGCUUUGAUUGACAGUUGGAGUGGCAAAAAGCCAUGAGACACGACAGUUUAGUUACAUGCAGGUUGUUGAUGGGCCGAUUGUAAACCUUCAGGUGCUGCUUUAAUUAUUUUUUUGGGGGGGGAGAGGAAAACAAGAAAAAUUGCACAACUCCUGAUGCUUCUGCUUGUACUCUACCACAUUGGAGAAUAGGAGAAUUUGCAAAGAAAAGUUGGUUGAAAAAGGAAUCGUACCAGUAAAUCACUUUCUAACCGGACUGGGAUAUUAAAUAUACGACACAUCCAGGAGUUUAUUGGAGAGCAGCCUGAUGGCGCAAAGGUACGAUGAGCUGGCCCAUUAUGGUGGGAUGGACGGAGUCGGGCUCCCGGCGUCUAUGUACGGAGACCCGCAUGCUCCACGGCCGCUACCCCAAGUCCAUCACUUGAACCAUGGACCACCGAUCCAUGCCAGCCAGCACUACGGUGCUCAUGCACCCCAUCCCAGCGUUAUGCCUAACAGCAUGGGCUCCGCUGUCAACGAUGUUUUAAAGAGGGAUAAAGAUCAAAUUUAUGGUCACCCAUUAUUCCCGCUGCUCGCGCUGGUUUUUGAGAAGUGCGAGCUGGCGACGUGCACUCCGAGGGAGCCUGGGGUAGCAGGCGGCGAUGUCUGCUCCUCUGACUCCUUCAACGAGGACAUCGCAGUCUUUGCCAAACAGGUCCGAGCAGAAAAACCUUUAUUUUCAUCAAAUCCAGAGUUGGACAAUUUGAUGAUACAAGCCAUACAAGUAUUACGAUUUCACCUUUUAGAAUUAGAAAAGGUGCACGAGCUCUGCGACAAUUUUUGCCACCGGUACAUCAGUUGUUUGAAAGGAAAAAUGCCAAUAGAUCUAGUUAUUGACGAGCGGGAUGGCAGCUCGAAGUCAGACCACGAAGAGCUCUCAGGAUCUUCGACCAACCUAGCCGAUCACAACCCAGCUUCCUGGAGAGACCACGAUGACGCCACCUCCACACACUCGGCCGGCACACCAGGGCCCUCCAGCGGGGGCCACGCUUCACAGAGCGGUGACAACAGCAGCGAGCAAGAUGGUUUAGAGAACAGCGUGGCGUCCCCUGGCACAGGUGAUGACGACGACCCGGACAAGGAGAAGAAGAGACAGAAGAAGCGUGGUAUCUUCCCCAAGGUGGCCACCAACAUCAUGAGGGCGUGGCUGUUCCAGCAUCUCACGCACCCGUACCCUUCUGAAGAACAGAAAAAGCAGCUAGCCCAAGACACAGGCCUCACCAUCUUACAAGUAAACAACUGGUUCAUUAAUGCCAGGAGAAGAAUAGUACAGCCCAUGAUUGACCAGUCAAAUCGAGCAGGUUUUCUUCUUGAUCCUUCAGUGAGUCAAGGAGCAGCGUACAGUCCGGAGGGCCAGCCAAUGGGCAGCUUCGUGCUGGACGGCCAGCAGCACAUGGGGAUCCGACCAGCUGGGCUUCAAGGCAUGCCAGGGGAGUACGUACCUCAGAGUGGUCCUAUGGGCAUGAGCAUGGCCCCGCAAAGUUACACCCCUCCUCAUCAGAUGACCCCUCACCCCACCCAGCUUCGACACGGACCCGCCCUCCACCCCUAACUGCCCGGCCCCCAAUCACCUUCAUCACACCCACCAUCCCCAUCACUCAGCCAUGCUGAUGCACGGAGGACCCCCCUCUCAACCAGGAAUCACCAUGUCUGCACAUAGCCCCCGCCACCCCCCGCUGAGCCCCAUUGACCCCAGCGCUGGAGGACAAGGCCUGGACAUCCACGCCCAAUUGUAUAAGGGAACUUUACUACCACAAUGACGUCAACAUCAUCAACAACAACAGCAGCAGCUACUAAGAGAAAAAAACAUCAACAACAACAACUCUACAACAAAGCUAUUUUCAGAAAACAUUUCAGAAUAAAAGCGCAACGCCCUUUGACCGGAAUUAGACAUUAAAAACAGAAUUCCAGAUGAGCUGUGAUGAUUUUUUCCUUUUUUUUUUUUCCUUGUCAAUUUUGUUACUUUCAUCCAAAUGGAGGACCAAGCUGACAUGAAAACUUUGUCUUGGGCUUUUGUUAAAGAUCAACAGAAGAUGUUCUGACAACGGACACGUGCAAACACGGACACGCACACUACUCAAGACACACACAUACAAACACAGUACCCACUCUCUCCAGUGACACGUUCAACUCAUUUUCAAAUGAAAUCACUCUGGAAAAUUGAGAGAAAAAAAGAGAAGAAAAGAUUCCCAAGAGUUAUAACUACUGUAGUAUAACAAUUAUAGAAACAAAGUUAAAACGUGUGCAUUUUUCGUUGAUCACUCAAUUUAUGUUUCCUGAGCUAGUUAUAGAAUUAAAGGUUAAGCCUUUCUCUCACACUGUGUGUGCUCCUUCCUGGAGGAGAAACUGUCUCGGUGGUGCAGCAGCACUAUAAAACAGAAAAGAUGGAACAUCUCAACAACGGACUCCCAUUCGCUCCCAACCAGAGCGACAGGCAGAACAGGCGCUGUCCCCCAUAGAGAACAGGGCAUGAUGGGAAAAGGCUGCUAAAUGACACCUGAUCUCUCCAGAAGAUUCAGUUUAAAAAUGUUUCAUGCCCCUCGUUUUUUUGGUUCAUGAAUGAAUGUUGCCCUGUAGGUAUAUAAACAAAAGUUAUUAGUUUGAAUUGCCCAAGCACUGGAUUGUGUUGGUUUUAUACAAUUUUAUUUUAUUUUAUUUUUUUGUAUCCUGGACUCUCAUUGACAGAGCCUAUUGAAGGAAGCUAGUGGAAAAGCAGCAUCCUACUUUGCUUCUUUGCCUCUGGAUAAACAUACUUGCCAUAUGGACAAUACUGACACAAUGGUGGAUUCUUUGGCACUGGGAGAAACAAUUGAUGGUUGAUGCACCAAAAAACAUAAAAAAGACAAAAAGACAAAAAAAUUACUUAAAUUAUGAACUCAAAGCUUUGGGAAAAAGCUAAGAGAAUAUUGCAACAAACUUCGUACAGAGUUCAGUCUAUUAAUUGUUUCAUGUUAGAUAUUCUAUGUGUUUACCUCAAUUGAAAAAGAAUGUUUUUGCUAGUUUCAGAUCUGCUGUGGCAUUGAUAUUGUAUGUCUAUGAAUUCCUUCCUUUUUCAGCACGUGUUCCUCACUAGAUGAUACAAUGCCAUCUCCCUUAAGCUUUGUCAAAAAUACAUUAUUAAAUACUUGUAUGAGGACUGUGACGUAAUGUUUAAAAGGUGUUCAGUCACAAAUGCUGUAAUAAAUAUUUCAUUUUUGA